AUGUCUAAAAAGCAAAAUUCUUAGUCAGCUCCAGAGAUUCUAUAAUAUAAAGUGCGACCUCAAAAUCAUUAUUAAAUAGAAUAGUUAGUGUUAAAUGACAUGAAAAAAAAAAUAAUAAAUGAUGAGAUGAAUUCAAUCUAAUUCUAUGAUAUUAUCCAACCAGAUAUGGUAUAAUAGAUUUAUAUUUAGAAUGAAAUUGUUACUACUAAUCCAAAGGAUCUAACAAAGAAACCAAUUAAGUUACAUAAAAAAGUAAAACGCUCAGAUUUAGAAUCUAAUUUAAGAAGUAAGUUAGUUAAUGAACCUGGUGGUAAAUUGUUACUUUAAGAAAUGUAUGUAAUCUAUUUAUUAAUUUUAGUUAUGAAAAAUUAGAUGAAGAUGAAAAUACUUAAUAAGUAAAAGCUGUGCUUCAUAAAGAAGAAUAAUUUAAGGGAAAUAGAUAAUAUAAACCAGAAAGUGAUGAUUUGAUGGUAGCCAAUUUAGAUUAAUGGUGGAAGUAAGUAAAAAUAAAGAAGUAGUAAGAAUUUGAGAAGAAAUAAUUAGAGAUUGAGAAAGAAAGUAUUUAGAAUAUUGUUUUAAUUUAGAAUAGGUAAUAGCCUAACUCUAAAAGACAGUAUCGAUCUCUUCAUUUAGAAGAGGAGCUGUAGAUAAAAGAACUGGUACAACACUUUUACCAGCAUUCCCUAAAUUAAUGUAAUCUCAAUCAUCUGAUGAUAAAUCUCCAUAAACUGAAAAUCAAAAUCUUUUUUAAGCUAAAGUUAAAGGUUCAUUGGCUAAAUUAUCAAAUUUAAAGAAAGCUGAAUUAUUACAUUAAGAUAUGGGUUUAGUCAAAUAAUUAGAUAAAUAUCUUUAAUAAGGAUCUACAUUAACUUCAUAAGAAUUAAUUAAUAUUGAAUAAGCACGAUAAAAAUAAUCACAUGAAGAGAAAUAAACAGAUACAUUGAUAUUUGAUUAUACUGUUGAGGGUUUGAAGAAUAGUUUACAUACAAGAAUCAAGAUGCAUUUGACAAAUUUCUUAAAUGCAAAUGAAAGAGCUGUCUUUUAUGAAAAAUAGACUAAUUCAAUUUUAUAAUAAAUUAAUGCUAAAUUAGAUAAAUAAAAAAAGAUAGUGACUAAAAAUGAUCAUGAUUUAGAAACUCUAAGAAUGGAGAAUCAUGAAAUAUACAAUAGAUUAAGAUCUAUAGAAGAUAUAUAAAAAUAAUUGAAAGAAGAACUUGGUAAAGUUGGAAAUAACAAUAAUUCAUAAAUAUAAAAAUCAUAGAAAUCUUCUAAUGUAGAUUUUUAUAUGGCUACAGUUGGAAAACAAAAUGAAAUAGAGUCUCAAUUAGAAACUAUGAAGGAUAGUUAUAAGAAAUAUAAAUUACAAAUUAAACUUAAUUUUAAAUAGAUUGAAAAACUAGAGACUGAAAAUUCUAAAUUAAAUAAAAAUAAUAAAGAAUUAUUAAAAUCUAUAUAAGGAUUUCUAUUGGAAUUACUUAAAAUUGGUCUCGAUUGUAGAAAAUAAGGAUUAUGUUGGAUUGUUAAGGCUGUUUGGGAUACAAAUGAAAAAUUAAGUGAUGAUAAUUUCCCUUCUUAUUUAGAUUCAAAAGGAAGAGAAUUUCUUAUUUAAAAAGCCAAAAAAAUUAUUGAAUUAAAUGAUUUAUUUAUUAGAGCUCAUCAACUUUUUGGUAGUUAUCAUGGAAAAUUAGAAACUUCGUAAGAUAAUUUAAAUACUUCUAUCUUAUCCAUUUUAUCUAAAAAUCAUUUUUCGUAAAUUGAUUCUGAAGAUAUUAAAAGAAAGACUUUAAGAGAUAGGAGAAUGAAAUCUAGUGGAGAAAUUAAUUUAUUACUUAAAGGAUUAAAUAGAGAAGAAAAACAAAGUAUUUAAGGAACUCUUACAUAGAUUUUCUAAAGUAAAUAAACUUUGAAUGAUAUAAUAUACACUGAAGCAUAGAAGAAAAUUUUAAAAAUGUUUAAAACUGAAGCUAGUGUUAUCUUAGAGUAAUCUUUUAUAUCAGAAGAUAAAGAAAAAUUAAUUAGAGAAUAUUAAUAAAUUUAAAAAGAUAUUGAAUUAAAAGAAGUCUUGUUUAAGAAAUUUGAAGAUUUGGAAUUAUAGAGAAUUGUUAAAGAAAUAGAAUAUAAAAAAUAUUUAUAAAGGUAUUAUAUGAUAUUUUAUAAUAUUAAAGAUUUUCUGUAGAACCAUUAUAAGUAUUAUCAGCAUUAUUUGGAUAUGUGAAAGCAGAGAGAGAAUUAAUUAAAUAGGGUAUGAUGCAUAUAUCUAAUAAUUGA